GUUAAUAAAAAGAAUUUCAUUUAUAAAUUUUUAUGUUACUUAUAUUUAAAAAACUAAAUUUCAGGUUAUAAUAUAUUUUGUUCAAGAACUACAUGCAAGAAUGUUGAAGCAUCUACUUAAAAAAAAGUUAGACGUUAUUGGCCGCAAUAUGUUACAUACAUUUACUAUCCCAGAAGGAAAAACAUUUAUCAAUGGCAAAUGGGUAUCAGCUAAAUCUGGAAAGGAAUUUGAUGUUUUUAAUCCUGCAAACGGAGAAGUUAUUGCAAGGGUUCCUGAUUGCAACACUUCUGAUUUGGAUGAUGCAAUUCAUGGUGCUUCAGAAGCCUUCAAAACAUGGAGCAACACUACUGCAAAGGUAUUUUGUCAUGCAUUAAUACAGUCAAUUCAGUAUAAUUUGAAGUCAAAUAACCCGAUUUAAUAUAAUAACUUCAGC